AUGUACGAUGGGUCUCCGUUUUUUUUCGGUGGUGGUGCAGCUCUGCUACUGCCACUGCCACUGCCACUUCUGCUGCUGCUGCUUCCACUGCUGCCGGUGGACGCCGAUUGCCGCCGACUUGGCUCUUCAGUGUUAAUUCGUCGACACGAGGCGCUGCUUUCAGCUAACAAGUCAUCGUUUGACAUCUCAAGCAAUUGUCCUCGAACGUCAGUGAUUCUUGUGCGUAACUCUUCGUGUGUCACGUGCCUCUCCGGCCCACCUCUCGGUGUUUUUUCUCUGUUUCGUUUGUUUGGUUGCCUCUCCGAGCCGCGAGUUUUGUUGUGUGCCUCGCCAAGGCGGAAGCAUAAAAUUCGAUACAACCCAAAGUGGGGCAACGGCAACCCCACAGCCGGCUGCCGAGAGCCGGCCUUGUGCCUGUGCCACACAGUGUGUUUGCGUGUCUCUCUGUAUUGGUGUCGGCUGAGACUCAGAGGAGCUUCGGCCACGGCCCAGAAGCAGCGCUGCAUUCCAGAGAGUUUAACUUGAGGGUCUUGUGGCGGGAAAGAUAGCCAACCUGUCCAACGGAAAUUCGGCCAGUCCCGCUGCGGGACUUGGCUUUG